CUAUACCGAUUCUUAUUCAAGCCUGCAGACACUGCACAAUCACUCGAGUGCUGAACCUACUCAUGCUGAGCGAGUUGCCUUCCUUUUACUCUGGCUUUGUAAAUAUGUGUUGUGCGUGCCUAGUAUAAAGCCCUCUCUGAGUUAUCUACCUAUAGCGCAUGAACUGGCGCGUGGCAGGCCUUUGAAUUUAUGUUCUUUGUUUUUGGCUGCCCUUUAUAGAGGUAUGGCUUUUCUUCAGGCUCAAUUGAAGAAUGGUGCAUCUCCUACUGGCAGUGGACCUCUUUGGUUCACUCAACUGUGGUUGAGAUCCUAUUUUCCAUCGCUUGGUGCCCCAUCCAUUUCUUGUCCUUCUGCUAGUUGUUACGGGCUAGCUAUGGAGCCUUUAACUCCCGUAAGUAUGUCCAAAAGGGAUAUUUUUUUAUUCUUUUAUUCUUUAAAUUCAAUCUCUUCCUUCUUUCCUUUCCCUCCUUUUUUGACUCCGAACUAUGUACAUCCUCCUUCCACUCUAGAUAGCGCGAGCACUUCUCUGCUCAUUUGGAUUCAGUUCUUAACUGGGAGGGAGCUUUUCCACGAUAUCUUAAUCGGGACCAAUGCCAAAGCUGGGGUAGAAAUUUAUGUUCCCCAAUUUUUUGCUCGGCAGCUUGGUUUCGGCCAAACUUGGCCUGUUCCUCUUUGCUAUUCGAAGAACUUAAACGACCGCUUUCAUACCAUUAAUAAGGUGGAAGCAGAGGCUAUAAACGUUCGCAACCUCCACUUAUCAAGCCAUUUUUCAUUAGCCCCUUUUAAUCCUUGUCAUGCUACUCAUCCUCUUUUCGAACAACUUUGGCCAUCGGUGAAGCGCAGAUUAUUUGCGACUGAGGCCAACCGUGCCUUUCAUUCAUUAGAUCAACCGAGUAUUUCUUCUCCUCCUCCUGUUUUGGCCUCUCCUUUGUCUAUUCGGAACCCUUCUCCUUCUCGUCGUACUAAACAAUCUGCUCGUCCAUCUUCUUCCCUCCCUGCUAAGCCAACUAUGGCCAAGAGUGUUCCAAGCCGCAAACGACCAGCUUCAGCAUCUCCCAUUCUGGAGGAUGAUGUUGAUGAUGAUGAUGAUGAUAUCCCUCUUAUCGUUAAAAGGAAGGUAUUUAAAUUGGUCUAUUUACAAGUAUGCUCUUCCCCAUCUGAAAAUUUUUUUGUGUACUGAUGAUCUUUUGGACUUUUCAGAAAAGCUCAGCUUCCCCUUCAAAGCCUUUGGCAUUACCAACUCCUGUUCCAUCAUCCCUUGUUGAGGCUACUUCAUCCAAACCGGUUGAUGAUGGGAUCAUGCUUAAAGGUAUAUCUUCAGUCCCAGAUUCUUCAUCACAACUCAUGAAUGAGCCACCUUCCUCCCAGGGCGUCUACCCCCCAAUCACCGAAGCAGAAGGUAGUUCAGUUUUUGAUGUCUUACCUUUGCUCGUGCUAUUGGUUUCUGACUGGUUGCUCUUUGAACUUUGUAGAUACUCCCAUGAGUCCGCCCGUUGUGGCAACGUCUUCUCGCUCGGACAAGGGGAAAUCCUCACAAAUGGACGAGUCAUUGGUGGCCAGCUUGGCUGAGGGUGCACCAUCUUCUACGAUCGUCGACGAGGAUGCUGACAGGAUUGUUCGUUCUAUCCAGG